AUGUCACCCAUAACCCCUGAAGAGAAGACGACUCCCGCCGCCGCCCUCCCCCAUGGAGACCAACACGUCGCGCUCAUCGGCCUCGGCGCCAUAGGCAUCUCCUUCCUAGCCCUGCACCUCACAUACACGUCGGCCACCAUCUCCGUGUACGACCCGCGGCCGGACCUGCAGGACCACGUGGCGAGCAUGCUGCCACUAUACAUGCCUCGAAGGGCCACAACAGGAUCCGACACAGACACAGACAAAGACUUUAACGCAAACGCCAACAACAACGCCAACAGCGACAGCAACAGCGACUCCGACAUCUUAUCCUCGCUAGUCACCUCACGCCGCCUCCGCUUCUGCACCUCCUUGGGGGAUGCGGUCUCCCGCGCGACCAUCAUCCAGGAACAAGGCCCCGAGACGCUCUCGUUCAAACAAUCCACCUGGUCCGAAGUGCUGCGGCACACAGCGUCGACCACGACCACGACCACGCCUCACCUAUGGUCCAGCACCAGCGGGAUUCCGGCCUCGAAGCAGCUCGAACACUUGCAGCAGGAGGAGCAGCAGCAAGACGCUGUCUCGACCUCGGACGCUGUCUCGAUCUCACGAUCGGCCCGCUCGCGCCUCCUCGUCGUCCACCCCUUCAACCCUCCCCACCUGAUGCCUCUCCUGGAACUGGUGCCCUCGCCGCACACGUCGGCCGAGGCCGUGACGUUUGCGGAGUCGUACUUUCGCGCCGUCUCCUCGGUGCACCGCCCCAUCACGAUCAAGCGCGAGACGGCCGGGUUUGUGGCAAACAGGCUGUCGUUCAUCCUGUUCCGCGAGGCGUGCAGUCUCGUGGCGCGCGGCGUGUGCACCGUCGAGGAAUUGGACGAGGUCGUCCGCGCGAGUUUGGGGCCUAGGUGGGCCGUCGGGGGUCCCUUUCGGAUGUAUAAUUUCGGGGGUGGACCUCGGGGCAUGGCUGGGUUUCUUGACAAUAUCGGCGGGGCGAUUCGUGGGGUUUGGGAGGAUGUUGAUCGGCAAGGUCGGCAGGGGGGGAGUGUUAUGAUGGAGGGGAUGGGUGUACACGAAGGUGAGCACGAAACCGGGGGUGAGAGUGUACACGGAGGUGGGCGUGACGAGGAAGAAGAAGCAGCAGCAGUUCGUGAUUGGAAGAGGAUCGUUACGGAGCAGACUGUCCAGGCGUAUGGCGUGCCUUCGUCUCAGGAUGUCAGGGCGAGGGAUCACGCGUUGGGUGAGGUUGUUGGGCUGCAGGUGAGGCUUGAGGCGGAGGGGAAAGAGAAGGAGACGAGAUAA